CUUUGCAACCAUUAUUUUAACUUCCACUUCUUCGACAAACUUCAGAGUGUAUACCACGGGAGUCCGGACAAAAUUAGCGAUGAAUUUUAAAUCUCUUGCAUUCUUGACGAUUUUGCUCCCGUCGGCUUCGGCCAGAGUUGAGUCUCAUCGCAAGCUGAACAAGGUCCAACAAGGUGAAGCAAUUCCUGGUCAGUAUGUGAUCGAACUCGACUCCGGCGUUGGAGAUUCGAGAGGAUUUACGGCAAGAGUAUUGCAGCGCUCCUUACGAUCCAAUGUUAUUGAGAACUACGAUUUUGCCCUAAAAGGCUUUGCCGUGAAGGAUCUUCCAGACGAGGUCCUGGACUUUCUACUCAACCUUGAUGAUGUUCUGUCCGUAUCUGAAGAUGGCUUUGUCGAAAUGGACCAGGUGCAAGCCAGUCCAACUUGGGGUCUUGAUGUCAUAGAUGGCUCUGACGAUGACAAAUAUACCUACAGUUUUACUGGAAAAGGCGUCGACGCUUACAUCCUUGAUACUGGGAUCGCCGCUCACAGCGAUUUUGAGGGCCGUGUCGCUUCCUGUAUUUCCUUCGCCAAUGAGGCUUGCGGAUCGGAUGGCAGUGGCCAUGGCACUCAUGUGGCUGGUACUGUCGGUUCUAAAACCUACGGAGUUGCGAAAGAGGUCACACUUCACGACGUCAAAGUACUCAACGCGAUGGGUAGAGGAACGUACAGUGGAGUGAUUGCUGCCAUCGAUCAUAUAUCCAAGAUCAAAAGAGAGAACACUAGCAAGAAGAUGGUUAUUAAUAUGAGCCUUUCAGGUGGAACAAAUUCUGCUCUGGACAACGCCAUCAAUUCUGCUGCCAAUCUGGGAAUCGUCGUCGUGGUAGCAGCUGGAAACGCGAACGCAGAUGCUUGCAACUUUUCACCAUCUUCCGCGGCAGGUGCGCUUGCGGUCGGCGCAAUGAACGGCUCAAAUGGUCGUACCGUCUUCUCAAACUGGGGCAGUUGCGUUGAUAUAUUUGCCCCUGGUGUUGGUAUCGUGUCACUGUCGACUACAGGAGGAACUUCCACAAAGGCUGGGACUUCAAUGGCAUCCCCACACGUUGCCGGUGUGGCUGCAUUGUACCUCGAAGCUGGAAGGUCAGCAUCAAAUAUCCAGACUGACGCUGUUACUGGUAAACUCUCCAACUUAUCAGGCUCUCCCAAUAGGUUGGUAACCACCUCUCAACUUUCGAACUCAAUUCCUUCGACGAGGAGGCCGACCCAGGCCCCAACUCCUGCCCCAACGAUGAGACCCACUCGUAAACCUACCGGUCACCCGACACCCUUACCAACACUGUUGCCUUCAAACGCCCCCGCGGAAGACAUCGUUCCCAAAGUUCCCACUAUCGGCGCCAAACCUCUAAUUGACCCAGAUUCGUCGCUUCCCACAAAGACUCCAGCUUCUUUUCCGAUCAGCACUCCCUUGCCACCACCAACUCGCGCUCCGACCAAGGCACCCACUCAGGUUCCGCUUGUUCUACCAACACCGUCUCCAGUGUCUUCACAGUGCCAAGCUAGUGGCCAGGUGUGCACCGCUUUCCAGCGAUGCUGUAGCGGAAUGAGAUGUCUUCGAUCCUGGUCACCACAGCUUGGACGACACCGAGCGUGUCGUGCUCGCUGGUGAUGAUGGGCUUCCAAGACGGCCCUUGUCUUCCCCUACGGAUGGCGCAAACUUGACUUUCGAAGUCAUAUAUGUAGUUCUGAUCCCCUCUUGCUGACGGCACAAUCCAGUCAAUGAGAGCAGUCUAUUGGAGAUGCUUUUGCCUUUGCACUUAGACGGCUCUGCCAACACAGAAACCAGGAUUAAUGUGAUGAUAAAGAAGAAAAACUGUUGCCGCGGGCCAAUUUGCAUAAUUUGAAUACUUUAUUCAUGAGAACAUUGUCAUUUAU